AUGGUGAUGAUGCGGAUUACUUAUACGGCGGUUGACGUGACACGUCACUCACUGAUAAAAUAUGUUAUUUGUCCAAUGCAGGUUGAGAAAAUGGCAAAUCAAAGUAGUAAUGAAUCUGCACCAAAGGAGACUUGUGUCAACACUGAUGCUGCAAAUGAAGGUGACAAGCUUACAAGAAGAUACGACUUAGUUGAAGAAAUGAAGUUCUUAUUUGUAAGGGUCAUAAGGGUAAGAGACUUUCCUACGAUCCACAACCUCUAUGUAGAAAUCAAACUUGGAAACAUGAAAGCAACAACACUUUUCUUAGAAAACACUUCAUCAUGGAACCAAGUUUUUGCUUUUGAAACAGAAAAAAUCCAUUCCAUCAACAUAGACAUAUUGGUUAAGGACAAGACAAUGGCUACAAACAUGUCACAUGAGUUCAUUGGUCAUGUUAAAUUCUGUGUUGGUGAAGUUCCAAAAAGGGUCCCACCAGAAUCUUCAUUAGCACCACAAUGGUAUAAGCUAGAGGAUAAAACAGGUAAAAAUCUUAUUAGAGGAGAUAUCAUGUUGUCUUUGUGGAUUGGAACACAAGCAGAUGAAUAUUUCCCUCAUGCAUGGUGUUCUGAUGCAACAAGAAUAAAUGGUAAUGCUAUUGGUUUUACACGUUCUAAGGUAUAUAUGUCACCAACUCUUUGGUAUCUAAGAGUCAAUGUGAUUCAAGCACAUGACUUGUUACUCAAGUUUCAUCCUGAAAAAUCAGAUAUUUUUGUUCAAGUUGAUUUAGGUGGCUUGCGUUUGAGAACUAGUUUUGGCAAGAGUGAAAAAAGAAAAGCAUUUUGGAAUGAGGAUUUGAUGUUUGUUGCACAAGAGCCAUUCAAUGAAACACUAAUCCUAAGUAUUGAACAAGGAACAUUGGUUGAUCAUGUUAGCUUAGGAACACUUAUGCUUAAUUUGAAGGAUGUUCAAAAAAGAUUAAAUGAUGCACCUGCUGAUAGUUUAUGGUAUAAUCUUGAUAGACCAGGAAUAAUUGAGAAUGCAAAGGAAGUGAAAUUUGCUAGUAAACUUAAUGCUAGAAUUUCUUUAGAUGGUGCUUAUCAUGUUAUGGAUGAAGCUAUUGAAUAUAGUAGUGAUUAUAGGCCUUCAUCAAGAGAACUUUGGAGUUCAAGCAUUGGUGUUUUGGAGCUUGGAAUCUUAAAGGGUACUAAUUUGAUGCCAAUGAAAAGAGGAGGAAGAACUGAUGCAUAUUGUGUAGCAAAAUAUGGACCAAAAUGGGUGAGAACAAGAACAAUAGUUGAUAGUCUUUCACCAAAUUGGAAUGAACAAUAUGUUUGGGAAGUUUAUGAGCCAUUCACUGUCAUAACCAUUGCAGUUUUUGACAACAAUAAGAUAUUAGACACUGAAACUAGAGCUAGAGGAACAAGAGAUACUAUAAUGGCGAAGAUAAGGAUUCGGUUAUCGACGUUGGAACGAGGCAAAGUUUAUACACAUUCUUACCCUCUUAUAGGUUUGCAACCUUUUGGUGUAAAGAAAAUGGGAGAAAUUCAUUUGGCAGUGAGAUUUUCUUGGCCAUUUGUUUCAUCACUUAAUAUGUGUCAAUUUUAUAGUACACCUUUGUUUCCUGUGAUACAUUAUCUUUCACCAUUAUCUAAUUCACAGUUUGAUAAUUUGAGGAAUCAAACUGUUCAUAUUAUAGCAAGGAGUUUGAGUAGAGCAGAACCAGCACUUGGAAGAGAAGUUGUGUGUUUUAUGCUUGAUAUGAGAUCAGAUAUGUGGAGUAUGAGAAAAGGAAUAUCAAAUUAUAACAGGAUUAUGAGUCUUAUAAGUGAUUUUGUUGCUUUUAUGAAAUGGUUAGAGGAUAUAAAGCAUUGGAAGAAUCCAACUGCUACAUUGCUUUUUCAUUUUCUUUGCAUACUUGUUGUUUUGUUUCCAGAGGCAAUUUUUCCUUUAAUCAGUUUCUAUUUAUUUUGGAUCGGUUUGAAGCGUUAUGUCAAUAGGCCAAAAAAUCCUUGUCACAUUGAUGCAACAUUGUCCGGUGCUGACACGACGAAUCCUGAGGAUUUAGAAGAAGAACUCGAUGUUUUUCCGACUCAAAUUGGAGGGGAACAAUUGAGAAGGAGGUAUGAUCGAUUGCGAGUUAUCGGUCGGAACGCGCAAACAGCAGCAGAUCAUUUGGCUACUAUUGGAGAGAGGCUGCAAUCUCUUUGUAGUUGGAGGGAUCCAAGAGCUACAACAUUGUUUUUGCUAUUUUGUGUUGUUGGUCUUCUUGUCACAAUUGUUGUUCCUUCUCAAGUUAUUAUAUUCAUUUGGAUCAUGUUUUACCUAAGGCAUCCAAGAUUCAGAAACAGUGAUCCUUUGGUUCCUCAUAAUUUCUUCACCAGAAUGCCUUCCAAACAAGCUUUUAUACUAUGA